AUGGCAUAUGUCACUAAAGCCACCCUCCAAAUUAUUAGUAUUCAACUUUUAGAAUACCAACCACUUCAUUUGGUAGUAAAUAAUCCACCUCUCCAUGACUCUCCACCGUCCACUACUCUCUCCUCAACACUCUCUCUCUCCACUUCAUUUGUCACCGCCGUCCCCCUCCUCUUCUCCGCCCACCUCACCACCUCCUCCGCCGCCGACGAUGUCACUUACCCAAAUUGCACCAACACCUUCACUUGCGGUUCCCUCCAAAACAUCACCUACCCCUUCACCGGCGGCGACCGCCAGGUCCACUGUGGGCCACCGGAUUUCCACCUCAGCUGCCGCGACAGUACCACCGAGUUCACCACCAAUUCGGUGACCUAUCGUGUUCUCCAAAUCAACCAGAGUGAGAAAGCCCUAACCCUAGCCAGGUCGGAUCUAUGGAACAACACUUUGUCCCCAGAAAUUCAUCAAUUCCACUCUCAAUUCUUCGGUUUUCGAUACGACUGCGGGGAAUGUGGAUCUCACUUUGAUCUACGGCUGUUCUUCGAUUCUGAUCGUUAGGCCUCUCAAUCUUUUUAGCUGCAA